UUAUUCUCUCCACUGACACCGCACACUCUACGACCCAGUUGAUAUUCGCCUCAGGGCACCAUACGUAGAUAAACUGAACGCGCGGGGUACGAAAUUUCAGCUGCGGUCGUUAGAUUUUUUGUCACAAAAAAUCCUUAAAACAGAGCCAUGGAACCCCGAGAUAUCUCCAGCACGAUGAGUGAGCUGGAAACGGGGGACAUCAGCACCUCCCUGGCCACUGAUUUGUCGAUUUCGGCGGAGGACGAAUCGGAAACGGACCGGCGGCGAGACCGGAAAAGUUUCCACCAGAAACAGAGCAAGAUCACGAAGCAGUUGAUUGAGCGCAAACAGAUGAUUCACGACCUGCAGCUGCUGAAGAUCGAACUGUCGCAGAAGGCCUUGAUCAUUGACAACCUUAAGGCGGAGCAGGUCAGCAAGGUGGAGGAGCUGGAAGAACGACUUGCCGACUCGCAACAUCAAAAGCAAAUUUUGCAGGCCAAGUUAGAGGCCCAGCUCAACAUCCAUAAGCAGGACUCCAGACAGCGACAGCAGCGUCUGCAGUCAGAGCUUGACAUCAUCGUCAAACGGCAGCAGCAGUUGGAGAGGACCAACGCUGAGCUGCAGCGCCGGGCCGGCGACGUGCGUAGCGUCCUGCGAGACCUGGAGCUGACUGAGACUGACUAUGUUGAGCUGAGGGCACACUCAGAGGAGGAGCUGUCGCUGCGAGAUUAUGUUGCUCUGAAAUUGUACGACAAGGUACGGCCCCUCCAGAUAGAAUUGUCGGACCUCAGAGGAUGGAACAACACCCUUGAGCAGCAGGUCAACACGUACAAGGAAGACCUGGCAAGAUUGCAACAGACCCUAACAACUGAGCAUAACGCGAGAUCUGAGUUGGAAACCAAAUGUCAGCGCUUGACCCUAGAGCUAGCAGACACCAAGGCCUCCAUACAGCAGGGAGACUACAAGAGAGAAAACUACGACAGAGUCAAAAGUGAGAGAGACCACUUGGAACAUGACUACAUGGAGCUGAAGAAACAGCAUACCUAUUUGGACGUGAUGUACAAGAACACUCUGAGUGAGAAAGAAGACAUUACAAAGCAGUUGUCGACAGUGAAUCAAGAGCUGUCCCUCCUGAGACAAGACAAGGACUACCUGCACAGGCAGCUGAAUGACCUGACUGGCAAGCAUGACCACUCAGAGAGUCGGCUGAGGGACACCACCGCCGACCUGGAGAAUGCCAAGAGGGCGCGAGAAGAACUGUACGAGAAAUAUGUGGAGUCAAGGGAUCGUUACAAAGCUGAGUAUGAGAGCAGGCUGCGUGAGGAACUGGAGGCCAUCAGACUUCGUACAGACACCGAGGUGGACAAGCUCAAGACCACGACUAGAGAGAUGUUUGAACGUGAGAAUAGGAAUCUGAGGGAGAAUCGCGACACUGCUUUAUCAGAGAAGGACAGAGCAGUGGCAGCAGAGAAGGAAUGCAGUGCCAAAUAUGACCAACUACUUGCAGAUUUGAGGCAGUUGCAGAUGACGUCAGACAGCAAGACCUCAGAGAUGCUGGGCGAGGUCAGGAUGCACAAGUUUGAGGCAGAGAGGGCCCACAUGCUGCAAGAGGAGACGCUACGGAACCUGGACAAGACCCAGGUGGAGCUGGACAAACACCGCCAGAAGAUCCAGGUUUUAACUAAGGAAUACUACAGUAUGCAAACGUCGUCGGACCGUAAAGCAACGGAGCUUGAAGCUCAGAUUUCUGAGCUGCGUGCCAAGCUGGACAUCUAUGAGAAACUGGAGAAGGAACUGGAUGAUGUGGUCAUGCAAGCUGCAGAGAAUGACAAUGAUGAGACAGCAGAAAGAGUGUUGUUCUCAUACGGGUACGGUGCUAACGUUCCGUCAACGGCAAAACGAAGACUGCAGCAUAGUGUCCAUCUGGCAAGACGCGUUCUGCAACUGGAGAGGAUCAACACGUCGAUGAAGAAGGAGCUUGACAACAACAAAACACAGAUGCAUCAACUCGGGGAAGAGCUUUCCAGUGCCACAUCACUCCUAGAUCAGGCCCAGCAACCGUACAACUAUCUGAUUGAGAGCAUACGCGGCAGGGACGGCCAGAUCAGCAAACACAAGGACCACAUCUCUACACUCGAAAAGGAUAUUGGACGGUUGAAGCAGGAACGAGAGGAGUUGAUCCAAGCCAGAAAUCAGAUGUCUGCUGAUCUGGAAAGACUCCUGAAUCAAAGAGAGGAAAUGGCAGUCAUGAAGCAGGUUGUAUUAAACAUGAGCCAGCGCUACCAACCCAGGGUCUCUGGUUCACAUCCUGGCCCAGUGCACAUUGAGAAAGUGCCCAGCCCAGCCAAGACGCAUACAUCAACCAGCAAGCGGGCAGCAUCAAGCCCAACAAAACAUCAUAGUUCAGACUCUUACAAACCAGCUCCAACUAUCUUUACCUCAAAGGAUCCACCCAGAUGGUACAGCAGGCUGAAGGAGCAGAACACGUCCGAGAGAAGUCGCUACUCAACGGUCUACGCAACAGGGACGUGAUGCUAGUACUUGCAAUAUCCCAUACUCCUCCACCUUAUCUCCAAAACGUCAUUCCACAACACGCCAUUGUUCUAAGGCCAACUUGGACCCUCCCAGGGUCUCAAUCACUACCCCUCCCUUUCAGUUUAAUAGGUUCCAUUUUUUGUAUGCCAUCCAUUGGCUUCGUGCGCGAAAAAGAGAGGGCGCUUUUUUACCAUUUUCAAGGGCCCAGUGAACAGAACACACUGCAUGCACGUACUGGUUCACGCGCAUAUAGCGCGAAGUACGCGCGCACAGCUUAAUUUAUUCUGAAUGUUCCCAAACCCAUGAUGUACUUCCAUGAGCGUCAUCAACAAUGCGUUUAAAUGUCUCUCCCAGUGGUCUCCCCAACCCUCCCUUUCUUACCGUUGAGGCGGUACUUGUGCACGGAGCCUAUUGCCUUGAGAUCUUUUCCCAUCCUACCCAUAGACCAAAACAAUUCUCAGGGUUUGGAAUUAUCAAAUUAUAAUUUGGAUGGGGGAAAAUUCUGUUAAUCUGAAGAUAUGUCAUUUUUAUCGCUAUAUUUUAUAAACUAUUGUGACUGGCAUUACUGCAUUCCAACUUAAUGCUCUGGAAUUCUGUUGGAUGACUGGCAAUGAAAUACAGUUAUUUUUAUCUUCGUUUUAUUUGUUUUAAAUUCACGCCCAUAAGUUGAGACACUCUUAUUUCCAAAAAGUUUAUCCUCGAUGUUUCAGAAGAAUGUAAAUUCUGAAACUUUUUAAUUAGUAAAACUGAUAAACUCCAGUCACCAAAUUGUGGCAUCUUAUCUUCAUUUUUAUUUACGUAGUAAUAUUCAUCACUUUUAAACAUUGGUUUAAUUAUACCCUUGUGCCAUAUGUACAUCUAUUUCCUUCUUUUUUUAUUGCAGAAUUUUUAAUUUGUGCAUAUUGUGAAGUAUGCCUCUGUGGGUUUUAUUUGAAUAAAUUAUUUUGAAAAUA